AAGUAGUAAUUUCCACAAACAAUCUUUGUGGCACUAUGAUCAGCUCUUUCAAUAAAGUCAUUUAAUUUUUUACUGUAAUAAAUUAAGUAUUUCAUGAUCUGAUCCAACAUAAACGGAGAUGUCAAUUUGGCAUUAUUUGUCGCAUUGCGUGUGGAAUUUUCUGCGGUAUUAGUUUAAAGCUUUAGCCAUUUCAUUGAAUAUAUUUUUUCAGGCAAUGAUAUCACAUUAAUUAAAUAUUAAAUCCUAAUCAUGUGAUGUUUAUUUAUAUAUUUAUUUUUUGAAUAUAAUAAGAAAGGGUACCAAAGUUAAUUGAUAUCUAUAAAUUUUAAUGUCGUGUUACACAGUAUUUGUUUUUUAUUAAGAACUUUACUAUUUAAUUUCUACUAUCAAUUACACCAUGCAAAGUUCAAAAGAGACAUAUUGUAAAAGAACUAAAAAGUUUACUUUUUUAUUUUAAUUGACAUCAACUUAGCACCCAAUCCAUUUGACAAAUAUGGUCUUUCACCCAUUCAACCAUGUGGUUAAACUAUUUAUUGUGAUGCUCUAAUAAGUUACAGCUUAAUAAGAAAUUAUAUAUUUUUUUCUAUUUAUGUGAAUGUAACUUUGCAUGUACUAUUGUAAUUAACUAAAUGUUACAGAUAUGAGCGACAUGACAAAUGGGUAUUUGGAAACAAACUUGAAUUGGAUUCCUGGAAUGAAUAACAUCCGACUAAGGGACUUACCGAGCUUCAUUCAAACCACAGACAUAAAUGACAUCUUGUUCACCUAUCUUAUGACCGAGGCAGAGAAUCUCCCUCGAGGGGCCGCUAUUGUGCUCAACACAUUUGAUGCCUUAGAACAAGAUAGUGUUAACCCUUUAAUUGCAAUAAACCCACGGACCUUCACCAUAGGCCCACUACACUUGAUGCAACAACAUAUUCACGAUGAUCGACUUAAACACAUUGGGUCCAAUCUUUGGAAAGAAGAUGAGACAUGCAUCAAGUGGCUAGAUACAAAAGAUCCCGGAUCUGUUGUUUACGUGAACUUUGGAAGUAUUACGGUAAUGACAAAAGAACAACUCAUCGAGUUUGGGUGGGGACUUGCUAAUAGCAAGAAAAAUUUCUUGUGGAUAACCAGGCCGGACAUUGUCGGAGGCAAAGAGGCCUUGAUGCCACCGGAGUUUGUCGAUGAGACGACAAAGAGAGGCUUGGUAACUAGUUGGUGUCCUCAAGAACAGGUUUUGAAGCAUCCAUCAAUCGGGGGAUUCUUGACUCACAGUGGAUGGAACUCGACUAUUGAGAGUAUUGGCAGCGGUGUUCCAGUGAUUUGUUGGCCGUUUUUUGCAGAGCAACAAACAAAUUGUCGAUAUAGUUGUGUAGAGUGGGGGAUUGGAAUGGAAAUUGAUACAAAUGUUAAGAGGGAGGAGGUGGAGGCUCAGGUGAGGGAGAUGAUGGAUGGGAAGAAAGGGAAGAUGAUGAAAAGUAAGGCUUUGGAGUGGAAGAAGGAAGCUGAAAAAGCCGUUGCUAUUGGUGGAUCGUCUCAUCUCAACUUUGAAAAAUUAAUUAAUAAGGUUCUCGUAAGAAAGUCAAGUUGAUAUUUAGUUGCUCUUCAUUAAUAUGUCAAUGAAAGUUUAGAAAUAGCCACUAGUUAAAUUGUUUGUUUUCCAAAUAAAACAACAUCAAAAGCAUAUUGUAAUCAUUUUGAAUUUAUCAUAAAUAAAAGGAAAAAAAAUCACAAAUGGUCCUUAUACGUA